CUAAAGGAGAUUACACGUUUGUGUCGGCGGACGUCGAUAAGACUGUAAACACGACGCAAAAAAGUUAUUGAAAGCAGAAAAAACGUCAAAUAUGCAAUUUAAUGAGCUAAGAAACAAAAUAGUUGAUGAAUUGUCAACUGUUGGCCACCGCCAAGUACUACUAGCAGUCGCGGGCAUCAUCGGCGUGCACUUCGUCUGGGCCUGGUUGAAAUGGUUCGGGUUGAGGGUCAAAAAUGCAGGAAAGCGAAAGAGAAAACGCGAGGAGAGACAAAAGAUGAUAGACAUCGUGCGGAAUAGUCAUGUACAGUCAGAGACAUACGCAGAGGCUGUAAAAUACGGUAAACACAAGCACCACCUUUCUGAGGAGACCAUCGAUAGCAUCACUAACCUACCCACCAAAGCACUGCUGGGUCAGCUGAAAAGUGGACAACUCUUAGCAGUAGACGUUCUUCAUGCAUUCCAACACAAGGCCCUUGAAUGUGACAAGGAUUUGAAUUUCAUCAGUACUCCAAUUGUGGAAGCUGAGGCUGCUGCCCAGACCUGUGAUGCUGCAGUCAAGAAAGGACCACUGCAUGGGUUACCUGUCAGUAUCAAAGAGAGUAUUGGAGUAAAGGGCUAUGACUGUACACUAGGUUGUGCCAACUGGAUAGACAGACCCUGGGAAGAGGACUCUGUAGUUGUCAAGGUGUUGAAAAGACAAGGAGCCAUUCCAUUUAUAAAGACUAAUGUCCCACAGACCUUAGUGUCGACUGGUGUCUGCAGCAACCCUAUAUAUGGUUUGACUAAAAACCCACAUGAUGUGACGCGUGCAACUGGUGGCUCUUCUGGUGGUGAAGGAAGUGCUGUGGCAGCAGGGGCCAGCAUUGUGGGACUGGGAACAGACGUUGGUUCUAGCAUAAGAGUACCAUGUGCUUUCUGUGGAGUGUAUGGACUCAAACCGUCAUGGGACAGAAUAAGCAACAAAGGGAACCACCCACAGAUGUCAGGAAACAAACACUUGCAGUUUUGUGUGGGGCCAAUGGGCAGAGAUGUGGACAGUCUGGUGGUCAUCAUGAAGGCCCUGUUGUGUCCGGACAUGUUUGAGCUGGACUCUUACAUCCCACCAAUUCCAUUUAGAGAUGAGAUCUAUGAAGGCCGCAGACCUCUGAGGAUAGGAUAUUACUGGAAUGAUGGAGGCGGAGAUGCAAUGCCAGCAGUGCAGAGAGCAGUCCAGCUGGCCAAAAGUGUCCUUGAGAAAAGAGGACAUCUGUUGCUGCCAUGGACUCCUCCAGAUGUUCAGACUAAAGCCUUUGAGUAUUUUCAUCGCAUUGCCUUGGCUGACCAACUUGAGGAAACACUGCUUUUAUCUUAUGGGGACAAAAGAGAUACAUGUAUCGCCCAUCACAUUUUUCUCAAGAUACCUUAUUUCAUUAGGAGUGUUUUGGCAGUACUGGUAAAGCCAGUGGACGGUCUAAUGUCCAAGUUUUUAUAUGCCAGUAAACCCUUCAGUUCUAUGUAUGAAUGGUUUUCCUAUGGUAAAGAAGCUGAUGCAUGGAAAGCAGAAUUCCAAACUGCUUGGCAAAGCCAAGGAUUGGAUGCUGUCAUCUGCCCCACCACCUCUUGUACCGCUCUUCCUCUUGGUGACAUGGCCGAUUCUGUUGGCAUAGAGAGGUUCAGUUGGUUGUUCAACUUGCUUAACUACCCAACAGGCAUCAUUCCUGUCACCAAAGUGACAGCAGACGAUGAAGAAAAACUGAAGCAAUACAAGCCAAAUUCCAAAUAUGAAAAAGUGGUGAAAAGGGAACAGUUACAUUUUCACAACUUAUUCGGACUGACGUUACGAUUCAGUGACGAUUUAAAACAAAUUGUGAUGGGUCUCAUCUUGGCCAUACCCCAUGACCUUGAUUGA